CUGGCCUUCAACUCACUGCGAUCCUCCUACCUCUGCCUCCCCACGACUGUAUUUUAUAAAAAGAUCCUCUAACUCUGCUGCUUGCUCCCUGCCUUCGGGUGCUGGGUGGGCCUCUGGGGUCCUCCGCCAGAUUGGGGCACGAGCCUCGGGCUGCUUCAGCCCAUCUGCUCCUACCCCCACCUCCCGCACACAGGGUCCAGGAUGCCCCUUGGGCCCGAAAUAACUCUUGGUGACAACACAGGCCACCUUGAGCAUCUUAGGUGUGGCCUGACAGGAGGGGGAGAGGACUGUCUGUUGCCCGCCUCCGGGGGCAGUAAUUGGAAACUCAAGCUUUGGCCAAACCUGGUUGAUUUUUUUGGCUCAGCGAGGGGCCUGAUUCAGUGGGGUGCAGUUAAGGUCUUGGUGGGGUCAACGGAAAAUGCAUUAGAGGAUCGAUUUGCUGGAGCAAAUAUUUGGGCCAGCCGGUCGGCGCUUUCCAAGAAUCACCCGCACAGCUCUCUGCCGCCGCCAGCUGUUUGGCCCUGACUGCUGACUCCGCUGGCCAGUACGAUGCCCACAGCCUAGAUCCAAAGCCCGCGGGAGGGACAGGACGCCUGCUGAUGUCUCUCGCCCCUCGAUCCAAGCCCUUACCCCAAGCUCUCGUAGUCACACCCACCCAAAUUUCGCCCCGCCCCGGUAUCUCGGGCCAGGCAUCCCCGCCAUCGCUGCACCGCCCAGCACAGCUGCGGGCCGCCCCGUCGAGCCUUCCGGUCUUAGGGGUAUAACUCCCCACCCCCAGCUAGGACUAUGCCAGACCUCCACACCCAGCUCCCAGCUCCACUGUGUAUUCCCAGCUCCCACAACCCUCUCCCCCCUGAGCCUGGCCCGGGAUUCUGAGUCUCAGCACCCUCCCCACACCGCCGGCCCUGCCCCAUGAGGGGGUAUUCUCUCUGGGCAAGGCCCGCACUUCUGCUGGCCCCUUCCCAGCUCUCCCAGGGACCCCUGCAGGUCUCCACCUUGUCUUCCCUGUGGCCCUUCCUAAUUCCUUUGCCCUCAGCCACCCUAUACUCACUGCCACGUCCCCUGGCUCUGAAUCCCCUUCCCUGUCGCGUGUACGCAUCCCAAGCUGGUCCCAGUUAUCCACUGGGGUCAGGAUGGAAAGGCUUUCCUGCAUUGGGGACCCCAGGGGGGGAUUCCAUUUUGGGGAAAAGCCAAUUGGUCGUUUAGCCCCAGCUACGUGGCGGAGGGGAGGCAAUUGACGCCCCUUUGCUCCGCCUGAGCCGUAGCGCCUCUCCCCAGCUUUGAGCGACCCCACAAAGCGAACCACCCACUGGCCCCUGCCAUAGACCCCCAUGGCCUGUGUCCUGGAACCUCAGUGGGGUAUGCGGGCCACUCCCCGACAGGCCAGCUGGUUUGUCUCACGGGCGCUAGGUCUCCGCCUCCCCACCGGGCUGUAACCCGAGCCGCCCGCGGCAGCAUCCCCUCCCGUUCCGCCCUGGCUCCACGGCCCAGGUCCCCGAGCCGAGCUGCCCCGUGCGGCCCUGAACCCGACAUCGAGUCCGCCAUGGGCCGCCGGGCCUGCAUCCACCCAGAGGCGUCGGGCGCUGAGCAGGGCUACCGCCUAGGAGCCGUCCUCGGCGGGCUGUGCCUCCUCCCCGCGUUGGUGUUGCUGGUGCGGCUGGGAGUGCCAGCAGCCCCAGCUUGGAUCGCAGCGCAGAAAACUGUGGCUGUACCAGACCCCUCCAGGAUCCCCACCACCCAGGACCCCAGCCCACUGACCCUACUGGUGCCCAGAAGACGCCGUUAUACCCUGACCCCAGCCAGGCUGCGCUGGGACCACUUCAACCUCACGUACAGAAUCCUGUCCUUUCCCCGGAACCUACUGAGCCCCCGUGAGACACGCAGGGGAUUGGCUGCUGCCUUCCGCAUGUGGAGUGAUGUGUCCCCAUUCAGUUUCCGGGAGGUGGCCCCCGAGCAGCCCAGCGACCUUCGGAUAGGUUUCUAUCCUAUCAACCACACUGACUGCCUGGUCUCUGCUCUGCACCACUGCUUUGAUGGCCCCACGGGUGAGCUAGCCCAUGCCUUCUUCCCACCCCAUGGUGGCAUUCACUUUGACGACAGCGAGUACUGGAUCCUAGGACCCACACGUUACAGCUGGAAGAAAGGUGUGUGGCUCACAGACCUGGUGCAUGUAGCAGCCCAUGAAAUUGGCCAUGCCCUGGGCCUGAUGCAUUCACAGCAGGGCAGGGCACUCAUGCACCUCAAUGCCACGUUGAGAGGCUGGAAGGCACUGUCUCAGGAUGAGCUGUGGGGACUGCACAGACUUUACGCAGGCUGCCUGGACCGGCUGUUUGUGUGUCCGUCCUGGGCACGAAGGGGCUUUUGUGAUGCACGUCAAAGGCUCAUGAAGAGGCUGUGCCCUAACAGCUGUGACUUUUGCUAUGAAUUCCCUUUUCCCACGGUGGCCACCACCCCACCACCGACCAGGACCAAAACCAGGCUAGUACCUGAGGGUAGGAACAUGACCUUCCGCUGUGGCCAGAAGAUUCUCCACAAAAAAGGCAAAGUAUACUGGUACAAGGACCAAGAGCCCCUUGAGUUCUCCUACCCUGGCUAUCUGGCCCUGGGCGAGGCACAGCUGAGCAUCAUCGCCAAUGCCGUCAAUGAAGGCACCUACACGUGUGUGGUACGCCGACACCAGCGUGUGCUCACCACCUACUCCUGGCGGGUCCGAGUGAGGAGCUGAGCCCACUCAUAGCCCUGGGCUGCUAGCCAGCAGAUAAAGCACUUUCUUUCUGA